UACAAGCGCAGCCAAGUGAGUUACGUACGAUUUCCUUAAUCAGUUCUCGCCGAGCAGCAAUUAGACGGUGUCAUUCACUGGUUGGACCGAGCGCACUUCACGAAACUUCCAGUCUUAUCUGCCGACGGAUUGGUGACACACUCCUCCGACCGAGCGGUGCAACUCUGUCGCGUGGUGAACGAGGGAACGCAGUCCUGCCCAGCUGCGCGUGGCUUAUACGACACGUCGUCGAAAUAUCAUACGACCGGCCGUUUUGUUUUCCCGGUUUUUCGUUUUUCGUCUCUUACCGUUUCCGGUUUGCCGUGUGCAUGCGAACGAUGUUAUAUUUCGUACUCGGGUCCCCGUGCACCGCCGCCGUCUAUCGUCGUGCACUGAACGUGCGCCGGCAAACGUCUUCAUCUGCGCUGCACCGUCUCGUCGUCGUCGUCGUCGUCCAGUCGCACUGACCGCCAUCACCUCUUGCCGCGGACACCACGUCGGCCGAACGCAUCGUUCUCCGGACCGCAUCGGGAUUUUCGACCAUGGAGGUUGGUUUUUCAGUGAAGAUAGGAUUGGCGAUGGUACUGCUUUGUUUGGUGAAGACAAUAAACCCAGAACUACUCGAUAAUCUGCUUACUCCUAAAGCAAUAUGUCCCAAACAAUGUGCUGUUUGUUCUUCUAUCGAAAUGCUCUGUUCUGGUGCCAACAUCACCGAUGUCCUAAAUUAUGAUAUGGAUCCUCAAUUAGUAAAUGUAGACUUUUCAAACAUGUCAUUGAACUUUAUUCCACUCGAAGUAUCAUACAUGACUAAAUGCAAGAAACUCAAUCUAUCCAUGAACAACAUCCAAAAUAUCGAGAAGAUUGCUCUAGAAAACUUAUGGAAUCUUGAAUAUCUGAUAUUGAGCAAUAACUCCAUUACGGACAUCGCUGAUAUAAAUCCAAGUGAAUUGUUCAACUAUAACAAGCAAAUCAAGUUUCUAAAUUUAUCGAACAACCCUUUGGUUGAUCUUGGUCGAGACAAUAACACUAUAUUGAUCAGUGAAUCGCUAGAAGUGUUAGACGUUAGUCAAUGUCAAAUCGUCUCAUUGAUUGGACCAAUUAUACUCAGUGGACUCAAAAAGCUGAAAUACUUAAACUUGUCGAAUAACCCAUUAAAACGAUUGGAUGGACUGUGGUCGGACUCAAUAACCACGUUGAACAUACGUGGCUGUAUCCUCGUCUAUCUCAGCGACGAUGCUCUGAGUGGAUUUACAAAUCUCGAACUAUUGGACGUCAGCCUAAACGAUCAGCUGUUUAUCGACAAUACAAUACAAUCCACUUCACUCGUAACGCUUGACAUUUCGCAGUGUUCAGUGCGCAUACCGAAUUUGUAUGGUAUGCUUGAUCUUCGAACUGUAUUUAUGAACGGCAACCGAAUUAAAAGACUUAUAGCUUAUCAAUUCGCCAAUAGCACAAAACUGAUCAAUUUGGAUAUAUCUGAAAACCACGUGGAAACUGUGGACCCGUUAGCAUUUUACGGCAUGUCAUCGCUUAUGUUUUUGGACUUGUCUAUAAAUUUUAUCAUAGAAAUCUCAUGGGAAUCUGUUAUGGCUACACUUCCGUCACUGGAAUCGAUGAACCUUUCGUACAACUUCGUCUCUCAAAUUGGACGACUGAAAUCGAACUCUCUCCGCCGACUGAACCUCGAUCACUGUUGGGUCCAUUCGAUUCCGAACGGGGCAUUCGUUCAACUAGAGAAAUUUGGCGAGCUCAUCUUAUCCAACAACCCAUUACAAAUGUUACUACCCGGUAGUUUCAACUCAUCACACAUGUGGUUUUUAGAUCUCAGCUAUUGUCGGAUAUCGCACCUGAUAUCGUACGAGUUUGUCAACUCACCCAAUCUUACAGAAAUAAGGUUAACUGGGAACCGUUUAGUGACGUUGAAAAAUGGCACGUUCAAUAAAUGCACUAAGCUGAAAUACGUUUACUUGGAUGACAACCCAUGGAUGUGUGACUGUUACAGUGCUGAUUUCGCGUACAUGGCCGUACUGGCCAAUAGAACUACCAAGCAUUCUCCAGUUGAAAGGGCGCCCAGCUGUCUGAGCCCUGACAACGUAACCGGAAUGCUGUGGCACGUGGCGUGCGUCAACAGCCCCGCGUACGCCCGGGACAACCGGAAGAACUUCUCGAUGGCCAUCGGCGUCAUACUCAUACUGUGCGUGUCCGGGCUGAUGGCCAUAUUCGUGGCCGUCCACGAGAACAUGAAAACCCGGCAGAUGAUGCGCCGGCGGCGGCAGUUGGACGAGUACGGCAACCCCGACCGGUCCGGCGGUGGCGCGGGGACGGCCGGCCCCGACGAGUACUUUGACGAGUACGCGGCCGCGGCAGAAUCGGCGCGCAAGAUGUCGCAACUGCCGUCGUACGACGAGGCGGUCAUGUUGCCCAAGCCGCCGCCGGAACCGCGCCGGAACAAGCGGCACAGCUGCACGCAGACGGACGAGGCGGACGUGGCGGCCGCCGCUGCCCCGCCGGCCGCGGGUGGCGUCUACAGUGGCGUCUACUGGCUACUGCCGCCGCCACCUGGGUUACACGUCACCGAGCUUUGACCCAUCUAGGUCAAUAUUUCCCAUCACCUCCCACCUCCCCGCCAAAACUUCCCAAGACAUCUACCUCCCCCGUACCAUCUUCCGACACACGUACACACGAUAUCGAGACUUCGAUCACCCGUUGCGUUUUGUACAUUUCCCCGUUACAAAUAAUUAUUGUACGACAUUAAGAUUAUAUAACAUAAUAUUAUACCCACUCAUGAUUUUAUAAUCUCAAUUUAUAUAGGUAAGUGAUUAAUGUGCAUUUUUCUUUAUAUUAUAUAAAUAUUGGUUUGAAAGAAAUCAAACAAUAUGAAAAUAAAAUAAAAAAUAAUAAUAUUUAAUUUUAACCAUUA